UAAAUUGAGAUCAACGACCACAAAUAGGCAGUCCUCAAAAAAAAAAAAGUAGGGUUUGCUUUUGAUGCCUUGAUGGUCCACCCCCGUCGUCUCUAUCUGUUCAGGCUCGAUCUCCUGCUUCCCCGAAGGUGAUCUUGCCCAUGAUUUCUGUGUGUUCUAUCAGCUUCAUCGAUUGAGAUGUGGUGUAGAUCUGGUUCGGUUGAUGCAACGGAAGAAAACCAGCUAUCAUCGGUAAAUGUUUUAUCUCCAUGAGUAAAUAGAAGGAUGGUGGCUGAACGUCAGACGACUAGAGUGAACAAUGUGAACAUUGACGAAUUAGAGUUUUUGAUUGCUAGGAAGCUAGCUUACUAUCGAUCAACACAUGAGGAUAAUUAUCAGAAAAGAAAGUUAUGCAUGAUUUUCCGAGUGCCAAAGCACACUAAACAAGUGGACAAGUUAUCUUACCAACCGAUGGUUCUUUCUGUUGGUCCUUAUUUCCAUGGAAACUCAUCCCUGGUUUUUAUGGACAACGUACAAUGGAACUGCCUUGAUUAUGUUCUUAAACUAAAUUGUAGACAAAAGUUGGAGGUCUAUCUGACAGUUAUGGAGGAUCUGGAGAAGGUGGCAAGAAGUCCCUACUCUGAUGAAAUUCCGCUAGAAAGUGACAUGUUCCUGCGAAUGCUAUUGCUUGAUGGUUGCUUUAUCCUUGUAUAUCUUAACGGAACUGUUGACUUAGAUGGGUGUGCAAAGGAAGACAAUAGUUCUACUAUUUUUCAGUAUGUGGGAAGAAAUACUGAAAGUAUAAGUUCGGGCGUUGGGCCUUCCAAUUUAGAUCCAGUGCAAGGUGAGGAACUGAACCAAACUAGUCCUAACCAACCCCUUUGCCAUCCAAUAUUCAUGUGGCACCAUAGCCAUGUUUUUCGUGAUCUAUUACUUCUUGAGAACCAGUUGCCAUUUUUCAUCGUAAGAAAAAUUUAUGAGCUACUUUCAGGUGAUGAGUCCCAAGAUCAACUUACAGGAAAAUUUUGCAAGUAUUUGGAACAAAAUAUUCAUAUGUAUACAGCAGUUACUCCUGACGUUGAUGGGCAAAAGGACUUCUAUCAUUUGCUCCAGCUGUGCCAUAUGUAUUUCAGGCCUAGACAAAGGACCCAACAGAAGCAGAAUUGCAAAUUUAAGUACAGAUGGUUGGAUCCUCUUGCCAUUUUGCGAUGCAAAUAUUUCAAACUAAGUUAUGGUGAAGACGCACCUUCAAAUCAGCAGAAAAAUUGUGCCAAUUUUUGUCCGGCAGUGCAUCGUUGGCAUCGGGCUGAACAGUAUCAUGAAGCUGGAAUCGAGUUUAAGAAGAAAGAGUACAAUGAACAUAAUCCACAUUCUCUCCUAUACAUAAUUUUUGACAAAGGUGAGAUCAUAAUCCCAUGCUUGCCUAUUGACGAUAAUACUGCUUGUCUGUUUAGAAACUUGGUUGCAUUUGAACAAACAUGCCCUCUGUUCGGAAAUGAUUUCACCGCGUACAUUGUUUUCAUUACCCAACUCAUUAGUAUGCCUAGUGAUGUUGCCCUACUUGCUCGCAAAGGAAUAAUCCUGCAUCAUAUGCGUAGUGAUGAUGAAGUGUCAAGUCUUUUCAGCAAGCUUGGUAAAAAUGUUGAUUUCGAUACAAAUGGUAUAUACUACCUUAAAUCUGUUUGUCAGAUGAUGAAAGACUAUUACCAGAAUCGUAUAAAUAGAUGGAUGGCCUGGUUGUGGCACAAACAUUUCAAGAAUCCAUGGUUGGUGUUAGCAGUGGUAGCAGCUGCUGUUGUGCUUCUCUGUACCAUUGCACAGUCAUUCAUAGCGUUGCUUUCAUAUCUGGAUCAGUUAACACAGAGUAACAGUUCGGCAAACAAUAAUGGCUGACAGCUGCACGCUGGAAUAAGUUCGGUACGGUGGUUUAACCAUCUGUUCUACAAGGAUUUUGCAGAAGAUUCUCGUGCGUGACAACUUUCAUGGAUUAGUUAAUUAAAUGGGGGUCCAACAGAUGCUGCUCUUCUGAAAGGCAUAAAAAGGUGCAACUGUCUACCUAAUCAAGGUUCUAUUUUAUUUUCCACAGGGAUCUGGUACGUUAAACAGCUAUUCCAUGAAAAUCGAAAAAGGGUUAUUCAAACAUUUGUUUACUUGGCAUAUGUCUAGCGACAUGCGCUUGUUUUAGAACAUGCAGUUUUCAGUCAUUAUAUUGUUUUGAAUCUUGGCCUGAUUACUGUUAUACAUUUGUUGGAGUUAAUUCUUAAACUUAAUCUUCUUAAUCUUAGAUUGCGUAUAAUCACCUACUUUUGCUUACGCGGAUUUUGAUGGUGGUACUGAACUACUGAUAUGACUGGAACUUUGUGGUUAAUGUCCUUAAGGUAUUUUUGGGUGCUUAAGGCAUAAUACAAUACGGCACUAGUCUACCUUUAUAAAGUAAACUGUCUAGAUUAUUCUACUAUGACUCUUAUAACAAAAUUAGGAAACUCUAAUGUUGAGUGUUGUAGCACUUGUCGAACUUGACCCAUUUCUAUUACGCCGCCACUGACAUAUUGUCCAGCCAUGCCAUUUUCCUCCUAACCAUGAAACAGCUCGUCCUCGAGCUGAAACUACAAUAGUUUGAAGAAAGAAUUCCACGUG